AUGGAGUUGGUAGGAGAUUUUAACGUGGGCGAUUAUAUCCCAUGGUUUGGAUGGAUUAAUCUCAUCAAUGGUCAGGAGUCAAAGCUGAAAAGGGUUGCAAAAGAGUUGGAUGAAUAUUUUGAAACUAUUCUGGAAGAAGGAAUUCAGAGGAAGGAUGAAAAGGUUAAGGGUGAAACAGUUAUGGAUGUUUUGCUGGAUCUUCAUGAGAAAAAUGCCAAUGGAUUUGUUCUUCAACGCGAGUCACUAAACGCUAUCAUUUUGGAUAUGUUUGUUGCUGGAACUGAUACUACAUAUACAUUAUUAGAAUGGGCACUUUCCGAGUUAGUGAAAAACAACAAUAUUAUGUCCAAAUUAAAAGCCGAGGUGAGGAGAUCUUCGGGCAGUAAGUUGAAUUGUAUAACGGAGGAUAAUUUAGAAGAACUCCCUUAUUUAAAAGCAGUUAUUAAAGAGACUCUACGUAUGCAUCCUCCUGGUGUUCUUAUUCCUAGAGAAUCAACAAACGAUAUCAAUAUUAUGGGAGAGAUUCGAGGACAAAAUUUCGAGUUGAUCCCAUUUGGUUACGGAAGGAGAAGUUGCCCUGGUUCCGUAUUCGCCUUGAUACUAGCUGAAGUUGCACUUGCAAACUUAAUACUUAAGUUUGACUUUGCAUUGCCUGGUGAAACAAGUUCUUCAGAGCAUUUGGACAUGAGGGAAGUUCCCAGUCUUGUAGUUAAAAGGCAAACACCUUUGGUUCUUAAGGCAACUCUUUCUGAUUCAUGA